GGCGCGGGCGUGGGCACUGCGGCCGCCUCUCUCUCCUCGCGUGCCCGGCGUCUGUCCUCUCCGCGGACCCACAGCCGCAGGCCGCCGGGGGGCGGGGGAUGCCGGGCUGCCGCAUCAGCGCCUGCGGCCCAGGGGCUCAGGAAGGGACGGCAGAACCGGGGUCCCCCCCGCCGCCGCCCCGGGAGCCCCUGUCGUCCCCUCAGCCCCCGCCCCCAACUCCGACCUUGACCCCGACCCCAGCUUCGUCCCGGCAGCUGCCGGAGGCGGCCCAGGCGUCGGCUGCGCAGGCCGAGGGUCAGGAGCUGCAGCGCUGGCGCCAGGGUGCUAGUGGGGGCGCGGGGGUCACCGGGGCGGCAGGGGGCGCCGGCGGCGGCUCCGGAGCUGCGGCGGGGGCGGGGGGCCGCGCGCUGGAGCUGGCCGAAGCGCGGCGGCGGCUGCUGGAGGUGGAGGGCCGCCGGCGCCUGGUGUCGGAGCUGGAGAGCCGCGUGCUGCAGCUGCACCGAGUCUUCCUGGCCGCCGAGCUGCGCCUGGCGCACCGCGCAGAGAGCCUGAGCCGCCUGAGCGGCGGCGUGGCGCAGGCCGAGCUCUACCUGGCGGCGCACGGGUCGCGCCUCAAGAAGGGUCCGCGACGCGGCCGUCGCGGUCGCCCGCCCGCGCUGCUGGCCUCAGCCCUCGGCCUGGGGAGCUGCGUGCCUUGGGGCGCCGGGCGACUGCGGCGCGGCCACGGCCCGGAGCCCGACUCGCCCUUCCGCCGCAGCCCGCCCCGCGGCCCUGCUUCUCCCCAGCGCUGAGCUCAGGCGCCCGGACCCCUGGCCACCCGGGACAGGCCAUCACCGCGGUGCCAACCGACGGAUUGCGGAUGCCGGCAGGAUGGACGGUGUCACCUGCGCUGAUGGACAGACUGACCCACGACAGGAAGAGACAGACGGGGGGCCGGGGGCCCAGUAAAGGAGGCUGAGCUCCUCCUAGCUCCUUAGAGCUCCACUCUGUGGAUCUGAACUCCUGGAUUCUGCUCCUUCCCUGGACACCUUCCGGACGACUUUGAAAAUUGGCCAUACCUGACCCCGACGCCCCUCUGUCUGGAGCUGUCGCUUCACCAUGGCAAGGGGCUGGGUUCUGGGGAAUUGUCCAGAAUAUGAAUUUCUCUACAUGCACCACAUUUGACUCUGCUUACUGUAUGAUUGAUGAUGUUACCACAGGGCCCUGAGAUGCAAUCAGACUGUUUGAGAGUUUAGCAAACAUUUUCAAUGAAACAAUGAAAUGGACUUCUCUUAAAGGUAGAGUCAUCACAGCACAGCUGGAGUCCCCAUCUGGAAGAUGUCAGUUGCUUCCGAGUCUGAUGGCACUAGGAGGCCUGUUUGAGGGAAAACACUGGUCUGAGAAAUGCCUGUUUCCCUGCCCACUGUCCUUGUUCUCCCCAUAUGAGGGUGUGCCUGGGGCCCCUUAAGACAAUCAACUGCUGCCUCCAAGGGACACACCCCUUCUCUGGAAGAGGUAGUGGCAACAUGAAACUCCCAAAGCAAUGUUUUAAAUACAAGAAAAUACAUUUAUUCAAGUAUCCUACUAAAGAGGGAAGGGGCGCAUAUAUUCACACACAACCCAGAACUUGUUAACUUCUGCAAAGCAAAUGUAUAUGGAAUCAGUCCCCUGACAGAUACAUUCAGGAAGAAUAAAUUUCAAUAAUCUGAGGCCAAGGCAUGUGGUUUUGAGGUCCACUUUGCAAGUGUCCUUGCUGCCUUUCCUUUGUGUGUGUCACCACUCUUUCAGUUGACAGUCCCUUGAGCAGCUUCUGUUUAGUUUGGCAGUCUGUGCCUGUCAACUGGUUUGCAGAGUCUGAUACCUCCCUUGACCUGGCUCACAGUUGACCCUCCCCAAGAAGUCUCCUCAAAGAUCAGAUGCGGAAACUCGGGGACGGGAACACGUGAGAUUGUGUGAUGGCGGGGAGGUCGUGCCCAUUUGUAAAAACAUGGCAGCGUGACAGCCUGUGGGGGUUAGUGACUGACUAGACCUGCUUGUCUGGCAGGGUCCCUGGAAGAGACAAGGCACAAACUUGGAAGUUUUAACAAGGGACUUUUUCCACCAGUGGGGGCUGGGCUUAUUAGUUAAGAAACUAACAAAUAAACUAACUGUAGCUCCGUGGUAGAGUCCUUGCCUAGCACGCACGAGGCCCUGAGUUCGAUCCUCAGCAUAGGAAAUAAACAGUGAAGG